AUGGCUCCCGUCAUGCAUACACAAGCCCUCCACACCCUCUCAACCUUCGCCAAGCGAGACACUUCCAAUCACUACUCUCUCUAUGUCCUCGCUAUCAUGGCUGGCUGUAUUGUAUUCUGUCUUAUCGGAUUUUCUCUCUACGGCAUGUACAGCGGGUUGAAGCUUGAGCAACCCGCAUAUGAAAUUGGCUACGAUCAGAGGAAAUACAUGCGAGAAGUUCACCAGCGGAACGUGAACGGCAUGGCUGUUGCGGCAAAACGCCCUGACUUGAUUGUUCCCGUCGAGGAAUUGAACCUUUGA